AUGCGGCGGCCGCUGCCCUCAGGGCCCACGGCAGCCCACAGGCGUGAAGGCGACGCGCGAGGCCCGAGGAAGCAAGGCCGGCGGCCAGGGCCAGGCGAAGCGGGAGGCUGCGGCCCUGAGGUCUGGGAACGCGAGGAGAGCAGGCAAAAGAGGAGAAUGGUGGCCCGGGCGUCUGGGAGAGAAGAGGUGGAAAGUGACAAGUCGGGUGAGGCGUCCGGGACUGGGAAGGCUGCUGUGAGGCGGCUGAGAGGAGGGUCUGGGGGCCAGGGGAGCCCUUCGGACCCCUCGGAUCCUCAGGGAUUAGAAGCAGUGAAGGAGGCGGAGCUCCCCUUGCAUUUGGGAAGACAGCAAGAAACCAAGGAAAAAAGAAAAGUUACUGAAGCCUCAAGUGAUGAUCCACAGCCAGGGACUGACCUGGUAAGAAAGGAAUCAUUAACCAAUUUGGAAUCUUUCCAAACAGUGGAUUGCAGUGAAUUUCAAAGUAUGGCUUUCUUGUGGUCUUUGGGUAAGGAAGGUUUGGUAGAAGGUAUUAAAAGAAGAAUUCGAAUUUAAAAACUUAAGGGCUUAGAAAGCCCUUAAAAAAGCCCUCUCAAAAUAACUGAAAAUAAGGCUACACAAAAUAUUAAGGUUGAAUUCCAAGAUGAACUGUACAAGAAUACUCCAAAAUAUUCUUGUAACAGCUUGUCACCUGUAGAAAGUAAUUCCAUUUUAAAAUUACAUGAUUGCAGUUGUUUCCCCUAUUCCAAGGGUUGUAAUGAUGAAAAUAGCCUUUCAUAUAAACGUGAUGGUGGACGUAUGCAUGUACCAGAAAAUUCCUGAAAGUUAAAGAAAGAAAACUUUAGGAGUCUUGCAGAUAAGAGUGACACAAAUAAUGCUCCUCAGCUUUUACAAACUGAAGAAAACUUAAUGGGAGUAAAUAAGUUAUUGCUUGAAAAAACUGAUUUAUACCAAAGUAAAAGUAAUGGCUUGUUUUCCUGCCUUCAGAAUGAAAACAAUAAAUACUCAAUAGAGGAGAGCAAUGUUGGGAGAAAACCCAGGAAAAGGAUGAAGGUGUCUGAAAAAGGAGAUGAAAUGAUUAUUGAGAUGAACUUCUCUAAUAUGUAUAGCAAGUCUGAGUUGGUAUUACAAGAAAACCAAACAGGUGCUGAGGAUAAAGGAGCAGAGACUUUAGAGGCUAAAAAAAGUCCUUUAAAAGUUUUGAGAAACAUAAACCACAAUACACUCUCCCCAGUGGAUCAUUUAUUAAGUCUUCCAGAAACAGCAGGGAAAAAAACAAGUCCUGGACAUCAUGUAAAUGCUAUGUUUCAGAAAACCCUUGAGCCACUUUUGGAAGAAGAAAUAAAAAAUGCUUCAGAGCACUUAGGAUUUAAAAGCAUGGAGCCAGAAGAGUAUAUUAAGUUGAUGCAAAGCUCAAUAGUGAAAUUACCUAGUGAUUGCUGUAAUUUGGAAAAGAGAUCUUCAUGGGAAGACUUGAGAAAUGAAGCUGAAGAAUUGAAGUUAGGCUGUCACAGAGCAAUACCGAUGACUGGUAAAAGAACUUGGCCUUGUUAUUCCUGUGCUAGAAUAUCUGCCCAGUGUUGGAAAAAGUCUUCCUUGCCAGAUUCAAAUAACUGUCUUCCUGGGUCUCGGGAAAGUUUUAAGCAAGAUGAUUUUCUUAAACACCAAACAAAUCAAACUCACUUAACUGAUUCUAAAGUAGCAUUACAAAGUACCAUAACAGAAACAAACAGUGAAUCUUCAAGUAAAGAAAAAUUGGAUUCUAAUUUAAAUUGUUUGUCUUCAGUCUCCUCAAUAGAACCUACUUUAAUGAUUAUAAAGGAACCCAUAAUUGAUGAUAAAAUGAUACAGUCAGAGGAACCAAGCAGAAGUGGUUCAGAGGUAGUUUCUAAUACUACUGAAGAUACUCAGCUAACUAAUGUGCCUCAAAACUUAACAGGAAAUAAAAAAAAAGAUAGAGGGAAUUUAACAAAAUUUAAUUUGACAGUGGCUUCCCAGGAUGUCCAGGAAGCAAAUAACUCUAUAGGCAAAACUGUUCAUCGAAAAGCAUGCAUUGCUAAGCAAACCCUUGUGGUUCCAGACUUGGUGAAAAUACUGAACACAGGCCGGCUGACUAAUUUUAAAAUUCCAUUACUUAAGAAUAAAACAGAAAAAAGGAAAGAAAUAAAUGCAAGGUCAUCAGAAAGAGAAGCAUAUAGUCCCUUAGAACUUCUUGACAAUUUAUCUGGAGCCGAGGUAAGACAAAAUAGGAAUAAAGAAAAUAUUUCUACAGUAACUUCAGGACCUCAGUCUUUGAGAAUACAAAAUAGUGUAACUCCAGUGCAAGCUAAUUCUGACUCAUGCAGCUGCAAGCAUUCCUGUAGUAUUUCUUCAGGUUUUUUAAAGCAAGGUAAUGGUAAUAAACCAUCCAACCACAUCUCUGAACCAGGCAAUAUUAUUUCAAACAAGGAAGCUGUUUCUCUCACAGUUGAAAGAAAUACUUUUUCUUGUGAUCUUGGGUGUAUAGAGAAAAGUCCUGCUUUCUGCUCUAAUGAACAAGAAACAUUCAAACCAGUUUUCUCUGAAGUUAGUGGUAGAGAAAUGACUAAGAACUUUUCAGAAAUUAAAAUGGGGUUUCCAGAUAUUCUUAAAGCAUAUGAAGAUGAUGUCCUCUUAAUUGAUGUCAUUCAAGAUGACCCAGACCUCUUUGGGGUCUCCAGUGAAGGGGAGCUCUCAUUUACUUCAGAGUUCCCUAUGAUAAACCAGGAACCCAAUGUUGCUGAAGAGCACCAGUCAACAGACUCUAAGCACAUGGUACUUCCAGAAAAAAAAGAACCAAGCGAUGACUUGAGAAGACUUCCUAUACUGGAUCCUGGAUUGAUGAAGUCAGAGAUCUGUGCUUCCUUAUCAGCAGCAAAUGAAAUUAAACAUGAUUCCAAAGGUGGAAACAUUUCCUUAGAGGAAGUUACUAAUGAGACCUGUGAAAGUGAAAAGCUGGGAGACUUCAUUGAACACGUAAAAAGUUCAGACUUGGAUGAAAAGGUUUGUAUGGAUGUGUUUAAGAAAUAUAUAAGUAUCAACGAACUGUGUUUGCUACAACGUGCAGUAAACACAUUUAUGGAUUACUACCGAAAAUUUCCACCGGGUAUACACUUUGAUUUACAAGUGCUAAAUGACCUUCUAAAUUCUUUACUCAAACAUUGUUUAUUGAAAGAAGUAUUUCAGGUAGUGAACCUCAGCAUAAUGGUUAAAAUGCUGCCCGCUCUGAAAAUAUUACUAAAAAUAUUUGAACACGUGGCAACUAUGAAAUUAAGGAAUGCUGUACCUGCUUUAAUUGAUAUAUUUUGCAAGUUUGUUGAAGCUGGGAUGAUAUUUGAUGCAGAGCACUUUAACUAUAUUGUCAAGCUCUUAUACCAACUACAGGCUUCCCAACAAGAAAUAACUGCAGUUCUGGAAAUGAAAUCCAGGUUGCGGAUGAGGCAAUUUAAAAAGAACUGGAAAUGUAAUUUAGAUUCAGCCUUGAAUGAAAUAGAGCAUUGUAAAGAAAAAGGUGACUGGACCAAACUGGGAAAUUUAUACAUUAACAUAAAAAUGGGCUGUGAAAACUUUGCAGAUUUCCAGAGAUUUUGUGCUUGUAUUGCUGAAACAUUAACAAAAGACUGUAAAGAAGAGAGACCAGGUGUUCCAUUUUGCGAAUUUGCUGAAACAGUUAGCAAAGAUCCACAAAAUAGUGAAGUAGAUAAAACUUUGCUGGGAAGAAUUGGAAUCAGUGCUAUGUACUACUAUCACAAGCUGUUGCAGUGGUCCAAGGGAAGGAAAGUCUUAGAUAAAUUAUAUGAAUUAAAAAUACAUUUCACAAGUUUAAAAGGACUUACAGGGCCUGAGAAGCUAGCACCAAGAUGUCAAAUUGUGAAUAUUGCAGCAGAAAUUUUUCUAAAAAGUGGAAGCCUAGAUGGUGCCAUUUGGGUAUUGAGGGAGUCAGAAUGGAUCAUCAAUACACCACUGUGGCCUUGUGAUAGACUGGAUGUACUCAAUCGACAUAAUCUGCUCUGUACAAUUGCACAUGAAAUCUUAGCCAAGAGCCUUUAUAGACAGACAUUUGAAGUUUUGCAAAAUCUACCAGGUUUUCAAAAUUCUCAAGAAACUGUGGAGGUCUCACAGUAUAGCCUUCUCUUUAAUAAACUUCUGGAUGCCUGUAUAGAAAGCAACAGUCUUGGUAUGUCAUCCUCUGUAGCAGAAUUCAUGAUUUCAAAGAACAUCCCUAUUGACUUCUCCUUUCUUAGAAGAUUAAUUACUUCUUUAGGAAGGAGUUGUUUAUGGCUCAAAGCCAGAGCCCACUACAAAAGUGCUCUUUCAUUGGGUUGCUACCCACCAUUGGAGGGAAAUUUAUACAGAAAACUUCUACUGAUUCCUUCCUAUUUAUCUGAGAUUGAAAUGCUUUUAGCUAUUGAAAUCUUCCUGGUAUCUAAUGCUAGUAGUAUUCAGAGUCCUGGAACUUCUACACAGAUACUGCAGAUAGUUUUGAAAAGAUGUGAAGAAAACAAAUCUCGGAGCAAGGAUGAAUAUCAAGCUGCAGUGGAAAGAUUAAUUAUGGCUGCUCGUAUAUCAGAUCCAAAGCUCUUCAUUAAGCACAUGACCGUCAAUGUUAAUAAGGAACAGGUUUAUAGUUUGGAACACUGUUCUGCCCUGAAAUGGUUGAAAGAGAAUAUGAAGUGGGCUGGAAAGGUCUGGCUUUUCAGUAACCAUUAG